AUGGAUUAUCACCAUCAUCAUCUUCGCCACCACCACCACCACCAUCAUCGUAAGCCUCACGUCCCUCUCUCCGAACCCACCACCCCCACCACCCAGAGCCCCACCUUCUUCCUCUCCACCUCCGGGAAGGCCCUCCUUCUCUCCAACUCCAACAAGUCCCUCCUUCUCCUCUCCAACUCCGCCAAACGCCUCGACAUCCCCCUCAAGAAAUAUGUCAAACAGGUCACCGGCCGCCACAAUGACACCGAGAUCCACCUCGCUGCCCAGCGCGGAGACCUCGCCACCGUCCGCAACAUCAUCGCCGAGAUCGACUCCAUCAUGAUUGGGUCCUUCGAGUUCGACGCCGAGGUUGCCCACAUGAGGUCCACCAUCAUCAACGAGGUCAACGACCUCGGCGAAACCGCUCUCUUCACCGCCGCAGAAAAGGGUCACCUCGACGUCGUCCGCGAGCUCCUCCCUCACUCCACCGGCGAAGCCCUUUCCUCCAAAAACCGCUCCGGCUUUGACACCUUGCACAUUGCUGCUAGCAAAGGUCAUCUUGCCAUUGUGCAGGUGCUACUAGACCAUGAGCCUGGGCUGAUUAAGACGUUUGCGCAGUCAAAUGCAACUCCUCUAAUAUCUGCAGCUACACGAGGGCACGCGGAUGUUGUUGAAGAGUUGUUGUCUCGGGAUCCUACUCAGUUGGAGAUGACAAGGUCCAAUGGAAAGAAUGCUCUCCAUUUAGCCGCACGGCAGGGACAUGUGGAUGUUGUGAAGAUACUGCUACGGAAGGAUCCACAACUUGCUCGAAGGACAGAUAAGAAAGGACAAACUGCACUACACAUGGCUGUCAAAGGGAUUAGUUGCGAAGUGGUGAAGCUCAUUCUGGCUGCGGAUGUAGCCAUUGUCAUGCUUCCUGACAGGUUUGGCAAUACUGCAUUGCAUAUAGCCACAAGGAAGAAGAGGACAGAGAUAGUGAAUGAGCUGGUACUUCUUCCUGACACCAACGUAAAUACCUUGACAAAAGACAACAAGACAGCUCUAGACCUUGCAGAGGGGCUUCCAAUAUCUGAAGAAAUUCUAGAGAUCAAAGACUGUCUGAUUCGUUAUGGCACAGUCAAAGCCAACGAUCUCAACCAACCAAGGGAUGAGCUAAGGAAAACCAUGACACAAAUUAAGAAGGAUGUCUAUUUUCAGCUGGAACAAACUAGAAAAACAAACAAGAAUGUAAGUGGGAUUGAAAAUGAGCUACGGAAGUUGCACAGGGAUGGAGUCAACAAUGCUGCCAACUCAGUAACGGUGGUUGCUGUGCUAUUUGCAGCAGGCGCAUUUGCAGCACUCUUCACAGUUCCUGGUGGGGAUUAUGAUAAUGGGAUGGCAGUGAUGGUACACUCUGCACCUUUCAAAGCCUUCUUCAUAUCUAAUGCCCUGUCACUAUUUACGUCAUUAGCAGUGGUGGUGGUUCAAAUCACCCUAGUUAGGGGGGAGGUAAAGACCGAGAGAAAGGUUGUGGAGGUGAUCAACAAGAUGAUGUGGUUAGCCUCUGUAUGCACUUCUGUUUCAUUCAGUACAGCAUCUUAUAUAGUAGUUGGUCGACACAGCCAGUGGGCUGCCAUACUUGUUACAGUUGUAGGGGGGAUCGUAAUGAGUGGUGUUCUUGGUACCAUGACAUACUAUGUGGUCAAAUCCAAACGCGCCCGAAGAGAGAGGAAGAAAGAGAAAGAGAAGAAAUCUAAGAUGGGAGGAAUACACACGCGGCGUCUUUCGAAUUCUGAUGACUCAGAAAUAAAUCCAAUCUAUGCCAUCUGA